ACUAUAAUGAACCCGAAUCUGCCCGAAUCUGCAUCCAUUAUAGAUGUUGAUGUUUUACGACCACCACAAACAGCCUUUGCAUUUGCCUUCAGGGUUGCCUCAGGAAAAGGACUCAUAUGUGGAAUAUCCGUGGAUAUAAACCUUCGAAAUCUGGGUUUCUCACAAUACUGUUCUGUAGUGUACUUUUCUGCUCAGAAAGUGAUUUACAAGCAGAAGAUUUAUGCUGGUUGUGAUUAUUACAUGAAAACGUGUCAACAGUCACCGCCGAGCUGCGGUCUACGUCUUUGAAUUGGGGGCAGGAUCCCAUUGAUCCCCUGCAAACUGCAUUGGAAGUUGCGUGUAAUUUUGUGUGCCUAGGGCGAAUGCUCACUGUUGUGAGAGAGGCGAAUCAUUUUGUUCGACCAAACUGACGGAGAAAAAGGCAGAAGUUCUGCUUAGUAAUUCAUCUAUUUCAGUGAAGACUACUGUAGUUUAGGACCUAAUAAUGGUGGAAUGCAAAGCAGUUUAUGCUUUCAAACCAAAAGAGCCAGAUGAAUUGGAAUUUAAUCAAGGAGACACAUUGUUUGUGAAGGGUCCAGAGCAAGAUGCCGCUGGUACAGGAUGGCUGAGAGCAAAGCUUCAUGGUAGAGAGGGGCUUGUGCCUGCAAAUUAUCUUACACAGCUACCGGCAUGGUUCUUUCCAACGAUCACAAGAAAAAAUGCAGAACUGCUCCUGAUGCAGGAAAGGAACGGGGCAUUCCUUGUACGAAGAAGUGAAUCUUCAGAAGGCCUCUAUUCAUUAUCAGUUAAGUACAAUGAAAGUGUGCAGCACUUCAGAAUCCUGCAGGACACGGCCGGUAAAUUCCAUCUAUGGAUAGUCAAGUUCCCUUCUCUCGAUGCCUUAGUAGAUUACUACAGAACAACGUCCGUCACAAGAGAAAACCAGACCCCUGGGGUGAAGGCUGGGAACGUGAUCACCCUGGUAGACAUGCAGCGUAUGGAACAGACCAUGCAGACGUUCCCCCACCUUAAGAUGCUCAAAUCAGACGCAGGUGGAGAAUUACCCAUGGACAAUGGCUAUGCCCAGAAAGUUCCCAGCUACAUCGGUAGCAAUGGUAGCAGCAACGGACAGAGCGGGAGGCACUUCAACAACGGAGGCAUGAACCCUCCGCCGCAGCCUGUACACAGCAACAGCUGGGAUGUCAACUCGAGGCAUUCCCAAAACAACAUGAUGCAAUCUUCACCGAAUGGUUGGGAUUCCAGAAGAAAACAACCUGCAGGAUGUGGAACGGAUCAUAGGCAGCAGAGACUACAAGCUCUUUACGACUUCGACCCAGAAGAGGAAGGCGAACUCUGUUUUCGCAAAGGGGACAUCAUCACCCUCAUCGACAAGCCGACCAAAGACUGGUGGCGCGGCACGGUGGACGGACGCACAGGCAUGCUCCCAGCUCCGUAUGUCAAGGUCUUAUAAUAAUAAAUGCCAUCUUUUCCUGCUCCUCGAUCAUCAAUUCUUGGAUGAUUGAAUUUGGGAAGAAAGAGACUAAUAUGACUGUGAUGAUUGUUGUCGAUAGAUGACGUUAUCUUUGCGGCGCGGUGAACAUGGAAUCGGUUUGUUUGAACACGCCCAUAUGAGAGAACAGUGGAUCGAUCUGGCUGCGGAUCGUUUUAACCCUAUGGCCACCAUGCCGUGAAUGAAUUCAUUGAAACUUUUGGCUUGCGGUUUUACAACGAGAGGGUUUGAUAAGUUGUGUUUCCAUAUUGUGUUGAAUUGCAAUGGUGUCGAUGAUCAUGCCCUUUAACUAUGUUUGAUAUGCCGAUAUGGACUGUUCAGAAAUGCUACAUGUAUUUUAAUGUGUUCACUUUUUACAUGUAUUAUCAAUCAUGCAUAGUUGAAGUAUAAACAAUAAUGCCUUUUUUGUUUCCAUCCAGUGAUUUGAAGAACGUUAAAAUAAAGAAUCACGUAGGCGUGACUCAAUGUUUUACAAAUAGGUAGUAAAAAUGGCAGUUUAUUGCUGGUAUCCUGGUUUUGUAUACUGUAUACAUAUUCCUGUUUUUGUCUGAGUCGCACAGUUAAGUGAAGUACCACGGUUAUUUUAUCACAGUUUUUUAUUCUGAUUGGUAUAGACAGAUGAUUCUAUUGAAAGAAUAUCAAUACUGAAGAAAAAAGUGUCAAACGAAGCCCCAUUGGUAUAUUUUUCAAAAUAAUGUUGUGCAUAUAUAAACCUCGCAUUAAAGAGUUAUUAAUUAAAAAGGUAUUUAAUGAAAAAUACAUCGCAGCUCAAAAGCCAAAUACAUGUACAUGCCUUUGAUGAUUAAUAGAGCAUUUCAAAAUACAAUCGAUAUCUAUUCAUUGCAAAUUCCCAAUGAAAACCACAAAUCUACAUACAAAACACGUCCUUUCUUCCAAAAACAAAUUAAAACAAAAACCUUCAGCAAAAAGUCAAUGAAAAUUAAAUAAACUUUCUUCCAAGUGUAUUAAAAGUGACCUCUUGAAUAUCACCUCGGAAGAUAUGAGUUUGAAAACAACAACUACAUGUAGAUUACCGAUUUCCAGGUGGUAGGGAAGAAGAAUUUAGUUGUUUGUCUCUCUUUUUUUAGGAAGAAGAAUCAUGGUUUGAUGUCAAAAACGAAAGGAUACAACCUUAAUAACAGGAAAUUAGGGGGAGGGGACGGGAGUACGAUUCGUGCCAAUUACAUUUGAAGACAAGUUUGAGCAGAAAUUAGGGGUCCAAUAUCCAAACAGGGAAAUUGGCCGAGCCAAAAACAGUUUUCAAGGAGAUAAGUUAGUUCCCCAUUUAUUGAUAGCUUUGUGAGGUUUUUUUACCAUUUUAUGCUUGGCAUACAUGUCCGUUUGUGUAAUACAGUUGAUUUGGCUUAGAAAAUGUUUAUGUAUUUCACACUUGUUGAUAUUUCAUCUCUUGUAUACAAUCGUUAUCUGAUGCAUCUGUUUCAGGCAGCGGAUUCAAGGGAGAAUGAUAUUUCUUCUGCCUUGCUUGUUGAACAGGAAGGCUGUAUGUUGUGGGCUCUCUGCCAAAACCUGAUUUAGUGAAAGGAAGUUUGAAGGUUGGCCGAUUCUUUAAGCAGAGAGGCACUAGGGAGGGGUAGCUAGUCUGCUUUUUAGACAUCCUUGCUGCCUUUUUUGUAUUAUUAUUAUAACAUUCAUGGUUGGAUACAUCUAGCCAAACUUUCAUGACUACUUUAAUAGCAACUCCUAGAAACAACCCUUUUUCACUAUAAAAAAAACCCUCACUUCUGAUCCAUUAUUAGAAAUUAUAACACAUACGAGAAUUGAGUACUGUAGACUUAAAAAAGAAAGUAGAAAGGUAAAAAAAAUCAAAUUAUUAAUAUUAUUAUUUAUUUUAUUUGGGAGGGGAGUAUUGCUAAACCCAACGCAUUACAAAAUAAAGUUAGAUCUAAUUACUUUCUGAAACUGAGAUAGCGAGUAGAAGGCAAUAUUUUCCUAGACAUACUAUAAGAAUAGAGAUAUUCUAUUGGAUUAUGUAAAUAUAAAAAACACUGAAUUUAUGGAGAUAUUUUGUAAGACCACAUAUAAUAUCCUUGUCAACACCA